GUGGGGGCUGGUGGGUUAGAGCAGGGGGAGGCUGGGAGCCAGGACUCCUGGGUUCCAUCCCCCGCUUGCGGCCAUUGUGUGUUUUGAAUUCCAGCUCCCCUCUGACCUACUAAAACCCCCUCCCACAGCUGGGGAGAGAACCCAGGAGUCCUGAAUCCCACCCUACUCCCCUCCUAGACCUCAGACCAUAACCCAGGAGCCCUGGCUCCAUUUUAGUUCCCCAUCUGUCCACACACGCUCACCUUCCUCGCUCCCCAUAACCCCCAGUGUAGGCCAGUGCCACCCUCAAACCCGGCCCUAUUUCCUCCAUCCCAAACCCAGUUGUGGCUGCAGACCUGCUCCCCCCACCCCCAGGUCCCCUAUUACUCCCUAUGCGGGGAGACGGAGUCUCCUUCCCUCUGGCCCCAAACUCCUUUGCAAUCAGAGGUUGCUUGGUGUUAGCGGUGGGAUCCCCUCUGUUUGGCACUAGCGGUGGGUUCCCCUGUUUGGUUUCGGUGGUGGGAUCCCCUGUAUGCUGUUAGCGGUGGGAUCCCCUGUUUGGUGCUAGCGGUGGGAUCCCCUCUGUUUGGUGCCAGCAGUGGGAUCCCCUGUUUGGUGUUAGCGGUGGGAUAGCUCCUUCCUGCCAGGUGCCCCCUCCUGCCGCUGGAGCGAACUGAUUCGCAGCCACUUGAGACUCAGGGGUGGGACACAACUCCCACCUGUGUAGCCCCACCCCCAUCUCGCCCCGGCAGCUGCUCUUAAAGGGGCAGCAGGAGUCCAAGGGCCGGGAAGGGAAAGAGGCAGAGGAGGGAGCCGGGACCAUGAACUGCAUCAUCCGACCGUGCAUGGUGAAAGACUGCAAAGUCAUCCUGCAGCUCAUCAAGGAGAUUGCCGUCGAUUACAAGGUGCCCCCCACCGAUGUGAAAGUCACCCUGGAAGCGCUGAGAGAGGACGGGUUCGGGGCGCGACCCCAGUACGACUGCUACCUGGCAGAGCUGCCCCCCGGGGAGACGAACAAGGAGGGUGGCAGCAUCGUGGGUUACGUCCUGUCCACCUACACCUACAGCGCCUGGAAGGGCAGGAACCUUUACAUGGACAAUCUGUACGUCCAGCCCCAGUUCAGAGGCCGGCGGAUCGGGAAGCAGCUACUAGAGAAGGCCGCCCAGGUGAGCAUGGCUAAGGGCUGUUGUCAGCUCCGCAUGCAUGUGGGCAACUGGAAGGCCAACGAAAUGGACUUCCUGGCCCACCAUGGGGGCGAGGACCUGACGGCCAAGGAGUGCUGGACCCUCUUCCGCUUCAACGAGGACGCCCUGCGGAGACUGGCAGCCCGCAGCACAUUUUAG